AUGCUCUAUGAAUGCAACUGGGAAGCUCUCGUGCACUGGGUACUUCGGUGUACCGGUCUGCGAGCUGUACUGAAGUUGUAUGAUUGCUGGGUUUUUCGGACGUCAAGGAUAUUGGGUCUCCUUCUUAGGCUAGGCGAAGCUGGUUAUGCGAUGUUCUUUGACGUUUACGUACGAGAAGCACUCCACGGGGAACAAGGUACAGUUGGGCAGAUACCUGACUGGGAAAAUCCCACGAUAGUGGGACGUAAUCGCAGACCAGCGAAAGGCACGACGUACGCUUUUACAGAUGAAGCCGAGUUUGUCUCUUUCUGGCGAAGUGGAGGUUGUUGGGAACGCCGACUAACUUUGAGUAAUGUUCGUUCUCUGAACGGAGUGUGGCAAUUUAAACUUUUGUCGUACCCGAUAUCUUUAACAGGUGAAUACGUUGCGAUGGACUUCUCGACGAACGAAUGGGAUUCCAUCAACGUGCCGUCAAACUGGCAAUGUGAGGGAUGGGAUCGACCCAUAUACACCAACUUCCAAUAUCCUUUCCCGCUCCACCCACCGGUCGCUAGAACUCAGAGCGACUAUUCAAGCGAUAACUCGAGGGGACAUACGAAGAUAAGUGCUGUAAAUCCAACUGGUGUGUACAGGCACUCAUUUAACUUGGAGGAUGACUGGAACGCAAAGCAUGAUAAAACGUACAUCGUAUUUGAGGGAGUUGACGCAGCUUUCCAUGUCUGGGUAAACGAGCAGUCAGUCGGUUACUCUCAAGAUAGCAAACUGGCCGCAGAGUUUGACAUUUCUAGGUACAUUCAUAGUGGAGUCAAUCAGUUGGUAGUACAUGUCUACCGGUGGUGUGAUGGCAGCUAUCUGGAGGAUCAAGACCAGUGGUGGCUGAGUGGAAUAUUCAGAGAUGUGUAUUUAUAUCGCAAGUGUCUCUCGCAAAUUUCAGAUUAUAGUUUUCGCACGCAGUGCCAGGAUCAUCAAACAGGCAAAUGGGAUGUGACUGUCCAAGCAGAAAUAUGUGAGACGACAGAAGCAUAUUUCAAAAAAGUCAAUAAAGUUCUUGUACUCCGUCUUUUGGAUAACAAUUUCGUUGAAAUACAUCAAGCAUGUCUGCAUGACUUUCGUAUCCAUCAGAAGAUGCCCUAUCUUGGAACAAUGCACGAUGCGUGUACAGAAGAAGUUUAUCUCCAGACCAAGGUGCACUUCAGUCUAGAACACAUCAUGGAAUGGUCUUCAGAAAGUCCAACACUUUACAUGCUCGUGAUAAGUUUAGAGACAGAAUCAGGGGAAGUACUAGACUGCGAGGGAUGCAGAGUAGGUUUCCGAACUGUACGAGUGGAAAACAAACAAAUCCUCAUCAACAACAGGCCAGUUCUUAUUCAAGGUGUGAAUCGGCACGAGCACUGCCCGGUGCGAGGCAAAGCAGUAUCAGAAAAACUCAUGCUAGACGAUAUUCUCCUCAUGAAACACACCAAUUUUAAUGCUGUUCGAACAUCGCAUUAUCCCAAUCAUCCGCGUUUUUAUGAGUUAUGUGAUGAAUAUGGGUUGUACGUUGUCGACGAGGCAAAUAUUGAAACACAUGGCUUUGAGUUUGGAUUACAUUCGACUCCUUAUCUCGCAAAUCGGCCAACUUGGAAAAACGCUUACAUGGCUCGAGUUACGAGAAUGUUUGCAAGAGACAAAAAUCACUGCUCUGUCAUCAUUUGGUCACUCGGAAACGAGUCAGGGUGCGGUGGCGCGCAUUUUGCCAUGUACUCCUGGAUAAAACACAAUGACCAGUCUCGUCUCGUCCAGUACGAGGGAGGGGGCUAUAAGACACCUUGUACAGACAUCAUCUGUCCCAUGUAUGCGCCUCCUUUGUUGUGUGCACAACUGGCGUCACAACCAGAUUGGCGGCCAGUGAUUUUAUGUGAAUACUCCCAUGCUAUGGGCAAUAGCAACGGCGGGCUGCAUAAAUAUUUUGACGUGUUUCGAAACCAAACAGGCGUGCAAGGGGGAUUUAUUUGGGACCUGAUCGAUCAGGGGCUUCAAUGCUCCAAGGAUGGAGUACAAUAUUGGGGAUACGGUGGAGAUUUUGGCGACGAACCAAAUGAUAAACAGUUCUGUAUCAAUGGUUUAUUUUUCCCCGAUCGAACACCUCAUCCAGCCUCGUUUGAGGCGAAGUAUCUCCAGCAGCCUUUGAUGAUAACUCUGCAAGCAGAUCAAGUGCAGGUUCACAAUCGCUACGCUUUCACGGAUCUUGAUCAACUGAAGUUCCAUUGGUGUGUUGUCCUCGAUAAUGGCUAUACACUUGCAGCUGGUAACAUUCACUGCAUCAAAGUGGGCCCUGGAAUGGUUGCAAAUUACGAUUGGGUUGAUCUUUUCCCGUCAGUGGCAUCAUUGUCACAAACAGCUACGGAAAGACGCUUAACUUUCGAUGAGUGGUGGGUCGACAUCACUGCCUCGUUUGUUGAAGACCAACUAUGGGCAGACUCGCAGAUGAUCAUCGCGAAGUGCCAGCUAAUGUUACCAAAGCGCGUCACGAGCGUCUCAAAAGAACCCAGGCUGGAGAGCAGAGUUCGCGUGGAAAGAGGCUGCAAUCGAUUGACGGUAGAUUGCCGCGAUAGCUCCUACAUAUUUGACACCGCUUCGGGCAGUUUAGUUGAGUUUCAGUUUCGUGGCGAGACGCUGAUUGAUUCAGGACUCGCCCCAUGCCUUUGGCGCGCGCCUACAGAUAACGACAAUGGAGGUUCCAUUUUUUCGUUUGCUGCGCGCUGGGCACAUGCAGGUUUGAAUAAGUUGGAUGAAUAUAAGACGAGUACAAGCAGCCGCAUCAAUGAGCACGGUUGUUUCCAGCUAUUAGUGCAAAAGUCUCUCGGACCCACCAAGAGAAAACUUGUUUGCACUUUGUGUACUCGCUACACCGUCACUAGAUGCGGUCAUCUAGAAGUUAAGUGCACUUUCAACUUUGCACGAAAUCUGCCACCACUUCCAAGAAUAGGUGUGAGCGUUACGUGCCCGAAACAACUUCAUCAGGUUGAGUGGCUUGGACUUGGUCCACAUGAAAAUUAUCUGGAUAGGAAGACGUCAGCUUUCUUAGGGCGUUAUGGUGCUACAGUUGAAGAAUUGCAUGUUCCUUACAUAGUCCCGUGUGAAAAUGGAGCACGGCAAGGGACACGCUGGCUAUCUUUAGGAUCGUCAGAAAGUACAAACAAGUGCCUCUUCACGAGCAAGGAGAACUUUUCGUUCAGUGCGUCGAACUUCACUGAUGAAGAGCUUGCACGCCGUGUACAUCAACAUGAGCUGCAGCGCGCACAAAGCAUCAAUAUACAUUUGGACGCUUUUCAUAUGGGGCUUGGAGGAGAUAACAGCUGGUUUCCGAGUGUGCACCCAGAAUUUACAUCAUCUAUAACAACCAAAAAUUAUGAUUUUGCCUUUGUAAUAGCAGGGGUUGACAGCGAUGACGCGCUGGAUAUGCAGUACAGAAAAGUGAGGUACACAGAUGAUGCAGAAGCAGUGGGAUAA